AUGCCUCAGCCAGCGUUGACCACUUUGAACCGGAACCAGUUCUAUCUGGGCUACAUAGUCUUUCCGGGCGAAAGCAAUGAAGCGACACCAGCAGAAUCGUCGUUUCCCACAAACCUUCCAUGUAUCCAAAGUCCACCAUCUCCUGCAGUUCAACAAACAUCCUCAGCUGGCGACCCGCCCUACCGCCGUCUCCGUGACGCCAAGCAUCACCCGAUUUUGGUACACCGCUACGAUCCCGAGGAUGAGGUGGCGACUGUAUUUGCGGCAUCCCCCCACCCGGUCUCCGCCCACCGGUCGGUGGAUGAUCAAGGUCAAAGUGGUGUCACCAUCGCCCCAGAUGAAAAGAAGAAACUGGUGAGAUAUCAUUGGCAAUACUGGAGGAAUGUUGGAUACGAUGACGACCGGGAAGAAGACUCGAAAGAUGGUGAGCCUGACGGAGGUGAAGCGGGUGCUGUUGCCGGAGGUGGUGUUGAUGCUGACGAACGUGGCGGUGGUGCUGGGCGAGGAGGUUGUGGAAAUGCUGGUGGCAGCAGCUCACAGAGCAGGAAAGCAUGGGCGGAACGGGUUCAGUAUGCACUCACCCAUCCCGACGUCCCGGAGGAGAAGGAUGAUAGCCUUAAACCAUUUCUGAAUCGCAUACAAACUUGA